CAAAUAAAGUUCGAGAAUUUGGACUAAAUACGCGAAAUUAAAACAUGCCGCGCUCACCUGACAUUGCAGGGUUAUGAUGUGUGUGUGCAUGGGGCGCGGGGGAUAACUCCCCCACCCCUAAAAAAGUUUUCAUUCAGAAAAACUGUUGAUAUGUGUUGCCGAGGCAACGAGAUUUACGCGCCCUACGGUAUAGCGUGUCGCGGCAUGCUUUGAACCGGACACGCGAUGAGCAUCUUAAUUUGAUUGAAAUUAUGGUGUUUUUGUGGUGUUUUUUGAAAAUAUUCAAAACAUAAAUCAACAAAUUAUCAUGCAUUUAACAAACACUCAAACGCCCAAUACCGCGUCCGCCGCCUCGCCGGAUUCCUCCUCAUUAAUCAAUGAUACCUAUACCAAGAUGACCUCGGAUAUUCUGGCAGAAAGGACCUUAAAUGACUUUCUGUCGGAACAUCCCGGUGAGUUGGUACGAACUGGUAGUCCUCUGUUUGUUUGUACGGUUUUGCCACCACAUUGGAGAUCAAAUAAGACACUGCCCGUGGCGUUUAAAGUGGUGGCACUUGGUGACAUUGGUGAUGGUACUGUCGUAACAGUGAAAGCCGGAAACGAUGAAAAUUAUUGUGCGGAAUUAAGAAACAGUACAGCUGUUAUGAAGAAUCAAGUGGCGAAGUUUAAUGAUCUUAGGUUCGUAGGAAGGAGUGGAAGGGGAAAGAGCUUCACUCUAACGAUAAUGGUAUCAACGAGUCCUCCUCAGGUUGCCACCUACAACAAAGCAAUUAAAGUAACUGUGGAUGGACCCAGGGAGCCUAGGUCUAAAACAAUGCUUUCUUUUUUAGGACAGCAACAACAGUUCCAUUUUGCCUUUGGGCAGAGACCCUUUCCAUUCGCAACGUCAGACCCUUUAUCUGGGUUUCGGAUGCCACCAAUAGGAAAUUGCAAUAAUAUGACACAAUUCGGCUUAACAACGACUAACUCGCAUUGGGGCUAUGGUGCAGCAGGGGCCUAUUCUCCUUAUUUUACUCCUUCUACAUUGGGAUCAUGCGCUGCUACAACCACACAAUUUAAUACUCCCGCGUUGGGCUUUUCUGGAGCCACUCCGGAUCAGACCAGCGCACAAGAUGGAUUUACCAGUAGUUCUACUGUUAGCACUUUAAUUCCAGAUACCACGAAUACGGAUUUGGAUCAACAUUUGGGUUUGAUUUCAUCACAAAACCAUACUAAUCAUCCGCAAACGUCCUCGCAUACAUCAUCAACCCUUUUAGUACCAAGAUACGGUUCAAACACAGAUUUUAGCAUUUCUGGACCAAGAUCUUUAUCAGAUAAUUCUAGUGCAGCAGAAAGUCCCGUUCAAGAUGAUCUCUUAACAUCGCAGACUUCUUUAGGUGUGGGUCACCUUAAUAACCCAAACGCAAGCAACUUUAAUCUGUCUCAAAAUAUGUCGCAGAACUCUUAUUCUUCAAGUACUUGUAACAACUCGAUAUAUCCUGUAUUACCAGGACUUUUAUACUCGCAACUUUAUUCAGCAGCUAAUCAUCAACCCCACAAUUUUCAUUCAUUACACUCACACGGAGCACAAACACAUAACGACUUACAAAGUGUUAUGGAUCAUCUCACAACUAGUGCCAAUCCAAGACAAAUGAAUGGGGGAACGACCGAUUUACUCUUAAAUAAUGGCACUUGUGCUGCUGCUGCCCAAAGACAAGAUGAAAGUCACGCAAGGGUGCUUAGCAGUAAUGGGCCUAGAGGACCGGGACAAAAUGGUGAUGCUGUAGUUUGGAGACCGUAUUAAAAUAAGCUGUUUAAUAGUAUGCUGAAUUUAGCUUUAAUUUUUUACGUUGCGUUGUUUUUUAUAUGACUGUUUAUUCUUAUUAUAUGUGUAAAGUAUGUUA